GAGGAAGAGGAGACCCAGCCGUUGCUUCUCAUCAUCGGGUUCGACCGCAAUAGGCGGCGUUUGAGAAUGGCGCUGGUGGCGAAGUACUGGAUGCGGCUUGUCGCUGGCGGGGGAGGCGGCGCUGCCGCCGUUCCUCCGCUGUUCCUCCACCGUCUUUCUGCCGUCAGACCAUACCACCCGGCCGUUUACGAAGUCAAGGUGGGGAUCCCGGAGUUCUUGAAGGCGGUGGGUAAGGGGGCGGAGGCGCACAUAGCAAAGCUGGAGGCCGAGAUCGGGGACUUGCAGAAGCUUCUCGUUACGCGAACACUUCGCCUCAAGAAGCUCGGCAUCCCUUGCAAACAUAGGAAAUUGAUUCUCGAAUAUACACACAAGUAUAGGUUGGGGCUUUGGAGGCCUCGAGCUGGCUCUCCAAAACAAUCAGCUUAACUUUGAUUCAGAAGCCAAAAAAAGGGGGGUGAUGCUCGCACCUGUUGAUUAUCAUGAUAAUCGUAUUGGGAGAAUGGUUUUGCAUGAACAUAGAUGUUGACUUGAGUACUGAUUUGUUGAAAUAUUUUCUUCCAAAUGAAAGAACAUAUAUCUGUUUGCUAAUUAGCAUCGGAAUGCUCAACAAUAAUAUUCAGGUGAUUUUAUCACUGAACCUCCUUUGUGUUUUAAUACUGUGAAAGCAAGUUAUCAGUUCUGUGCUUAA